GUCAAGAGCGCAUAACUAGUGAACGGUGUGGAGCUGUGGACUGUGAACUGCGUUAGAUAAAAGAAACAAAGUAGUACUCUCAUGGCGUUUGCUCUUGGGUUCUCGACAAACUGUUGUUUGAAAUCUUUUGCAUUCUCGGUUCCUUCGGUUUCAUCAAACCCUUUCGUUGUUUCACAAAUAUCUACAGUUUUUCCUUCUUAUUCUUCUUCUGUAUCAGUGAAGAAUGCAACCCAUCAAGUGAAGCUCCAUCAUCCACCAAGAGCAUCAGCUGAAGGGAUUCCCAGCGAGUUAAUUGAAGAUUCAAAGUUUGUUCCUUUAAAUGCUGAUGACCCUGUAUAUGGUCCACCUGCUUUGUUGUUGAUGGGCUUUGAAUUGGACGAGGCACUGAAGAUUCGGCAGCUACUAAAAGAGUUGGGUGGUGAAUUUUUACAGGUUAUUUUUUGUACUGAAGACAUGAUUCCCCAGUCACUUUGGGAAGCAAUGCAUACAAGUCAACCAAAUUUGGAAACAGUGCAGAUAGCAAAGUCGUUGCCACGGAUUUGCAUCUUGUCCGGCCUUAGUGGGGAAGAGAUGAUGAUGUUCAUCGAUGCUUUUCCAGAGACUGGUCUAGAAGCAGCUGCAUUUGCCGCUCUUGUUCCCAACAGCGCUAAUAAACCACUGCAGGAAUUAAUAGAUGAAAUCAUGGGGGACCAUGAAAUGCUGACAGGAAAACAACCCAGCUCAUCAUAGGCGAGAGCAGAUUUGAAUUCAGAUGCUCGAUGUUUCUUGGAUUAGUUUGAUCGUACAUGGCUUAUGCUGUUUUCAAUGCAAUCUGCAAGAACAAUAUUUUUCAUUUGCAUCAUGGAGAAAAAGCAAGGAAGGUAGUCUAGAGGUCUUCACUUGCAGUAACAAAACCUUCAAAUGCUUCCCUGAGAGGCAUGUUGUUAUGAAUAAAAUAAGAGUUGACUGACAGAGGGAACAAAAGUUAAUUAGAUCUUUUUUUUUUUUUCUAUCAAUAAAUUACAACACAUUUUAAUGUAGAUUGUAGAUUAUACAUAUGCACGAGCUUUGGUCCCUUGAAAAUACUCAAUGUUUAAACAACAUUGCUUUAUAAGGAAAUCCACUACAGCUACACGGUUGAUCACUGCAA